AUGUUCGGCCCGAGAACGAGAUGGACGGAUGAAAAUCAAUUUAUUAGGCGCGCGUCAAUAACUGGGCUAUUUCGGUCGCGCACUGGCAACACUGCUCGUCUGGGCGCCCGAAAUACCGCACGCGGGGGGCAGUCAGUAGCUGCGGCGACGCCGACGGCCCCGCGUCGCAACGCUAUGGCGUCGGUCGCCGCCUGGCUGCCGUUCGCCCGCGCGGCUGCCAUCGGAUGGGUGCCCAUCGCCACCCACCCGCUCCCGCCCCCACCCGUCCCCAAAGACCGCAGGAGAGCCGAGGACGAGAAACUCCUCAUCAACGUUUCCGGACGACGGUUCGAAACAUGGCGGAACACGCUCGAGAAGUACCCGGACUCCUUGCUGGGCUCCACCGAAAGGGAGUUUUUCUACGACGAGGACAGCCGCGAGUACUUCUUCGACAGAGACCCCGAUAUAUUUAGGCACAUUCUCAAUUAUUAUAGAACUGGGAAAUUGCAUUAUCCCAAACACGAGUGCUUGACUGGUUACGACGAAGAGUUGGCUUUCUUCGGCAUAUUGCCGGAUGUGAUCGGUGAUUGUUGUUAUGAAGAUUACAGGGAUAGGAAACGGGAGAAUGCCGAACGUCUCAUGGACGACAAGCUCAGCGAGGCGGGCGAUCAGAGCCUGCCUCAGCUCACGGAUUUGCGGCAGAAGAUGUGGCGGGCAUUCGAGAACCCCCACACCUCGACUGCUGCCUUAGUAUUUUACUAUGUGACUGGAUUUUUCAUUGCCGUUUCUGUGAUGGCGAACGUUGUGGAAACGGUGCCGUGCGGCCACCGGCCUGGGCGCGCAGGUACGCUGCCGUGCGGCGAGCGAUAUAAAAUAGUAUUCUUCUGCUUGGACACGGCUUGUGUUAUGAUAUUCACUGCCGAAUACCUGCUGCGGUUGUUCGCGGCGCCGGACCGCUGCAAAUUCGUCCGUUCGGUGAUGUCGAUCAUCGACGUGGUUGCCAUCCUCCCUUACUACAUCGGUCUGGGCAUCACCGACAACGACGACGUGUCGGGGGCGUUCGUUACAUUGCGUGUGUUCCGAGUGUUUCGUAUCUUCAAGUUCUCCCGGCACUCGCAGGGCCUGAGGAUCCUAGGUUACACGCUGAAGUCAUGCGCCAGCGAGUUGGGCUUCCUUGUCUUUUCAUUGGCGAUGGCCAUCAUCAUAUUCGCGACCGUCAUGUUCUACGCUGAGAAGAACGAGCAAGACACAAACUUCACAUCCAUUCCUGCCGCCUUCUGGUACACCAUUGUGACGAUGACGACUUUAGGGUACGGAGACAUGGUACCCGGCACGAUAGCCGGCAAGAUAGUGGGUGGCGUCUGCUCCCUCUCCGGGGUGCUGGUGAUCGCUCUCCCAGUACCAGUCAUCGUGUCCAACUUCUCGCGCAUCUACCACCAGAACCAACGAGCCGACAAGAGAAAGGCGCAGAGGAAAGCCCGUCUCGCCCGCAUCCGUAUCGCCAAGGCGUCGUCGGGCGCUGCGUUUGUUUCCAAGAAGAAGGCCGCGGAGGCCCGCCUAGCUGCGCAGGAGUCUGGGGUAGAGCUGGAUGACGCGGGCAGAGAUGAAGACAUCUUCGAGUUGCAGCACCACCACCUGUUGAGGUGUCUGGAGCGUACAACGGACCGAGAGUUUGUCGAGAUAGAGAAUCCGUUCAACGGCGCCGCCAAGCGGCCGGGCUCGCCGUCGCCGCUAGCGUCGCCCGCGCACUCGGGCCGCGCGCCCGCGCUACUAGCGUGCUGCGCGCGCUGCGGCUGCUGCCCGCAAAAGUAUCAGGUCCUGCUUUUAGACUCGAGUAGAAAGGGACGGAUGAAGGGCGCCAGGCGGUACACAGCGACUUCGCGUCCGUCAGACACGUCUGUGUCGGCAGCGCCCAGCGAAGAUCCGUUACCACAAGCGUGCGGAAAAUACAUUCCUGCUGGGAGCACAGUGCAAGGAAACCAAACUGGUGUAGCAAUGGACGGGACUUAUUUGGUCGAAGCAUCCUUCUAGGGCCCGUCUACAAGCACUCACAUGGAGAGCUAUGUUUAACCCUGGCCUAGGCCUAAGGCCGGACUGCGUUAGGCCAGCCCCUAGGCCGUAUUUAGGCCAGCCCUAAGGCUGUGUUCAGGCCGGGCACGUCAGUGACUACAGGACUUAUGAGCCAAAUCGAAGGCUGUUAUGAUGCAGAACUACAAUUACUAGGCUAUUCGGUAAUCUAAAUUCAUGUAAGUCUAACACAAUACUGCCUACAAUGAUUAUCCAAUUUGUAUUAAUGUUUUGGAUAUAAAUGAUUUUGAAUGGAAACAUUUUUAUAUAUUUACAAAUAAAAUAAAUUAAUAAAUUUUGAACGUUGUUAUCUUAAUC